AUGGAGGCUGCAAGGAGGCUCGUCCCUUUGGCCCUUUUAAUUGUGUCAGGCUUGGCACAGCUGCAUUUGACUGGAUCUGAAGACAGAUCCAAAUGCACAGCCAGUCUGGGGGGCGCCAGCCAGUCUGAGGCCCACAAAGCCCUGCUCCUGCAACUCAAACCCAGUGAGGACUGCACCUGGGCUGUAGAAAGACCCGAAAACAAGAGCAUCAGAAUCAUCUUCUCCUACUUCCAGCUCGACCCAGACGCAAGCUGUGAAAGAGAAAACAUCCAAGUUUUUGAUGGAAACUCCACCCAGUCGGCUCUGCUGGGGCGGGUGUGCAGUCAGACCGACUACGUUCCUGUCUUUGAGUCGUCUUCCAACUCGCUGACCUUCCAAAUCCUCACGGACUCUGCCAGGGUUCCGAGGACCGCCUUUGUCUUCUACUAUUUCUUCUCUCCCGAAUCCUCUAUUCCAAACUGCGGCGGCUACCUGGACGGCAUGGAAGGUUCCUUUACCAGCCCCUAUUACCCGAAGUCACACCCUGAGCUGGCCUAUUGCGUGUGGCACAUAGAGGUGGAGAAAGGCUACAAGAUAAAAUUAGACUUCAAGGAUAUUUUACUGGAAAUGGACAAGGACUGCAGGUUCGACUUUGUGGCUGUUUACGAUGGUCCCUCCACCACCUCAGGCCUGAUGGGGAAGGUGUGCGGCCUAACCGCGCCCGCCUUCGAGUCCUCAUCGAACUUGCUGACCGUCGUGCUGUCCACAGACUACGCCAACUCCUACCGGGGCUUCUCCGCCUCCUACUCGUCGCUGUACGCGGAGAAUGUCAACAACACAUCUUUAACUUGCUCUUCUGACAAGAUGCGAGUGAUCAUAAAUAAAUCCUUCCUGGAGUUGUUCAAAUCUGGUGACUAUAGCUUACAACUGAAAGACCCAACUUGCAAACCCAAAGUAACUAAUGUUGUGGAAUUUUCUUUCUCUCUUGACGAAUGUGGCACAAUAAAAAAGGUAGAAGAUCAUUCAAUUACUUACACCAACAUCAUCACAUUUUCUGCAUCUCCAAUUUCUGAAGUCAUCACCCGUCGGAAGCAUCUCCAGAUUAUUGUCAAGUGUGAAAUGGAACAUAAUUCUACCGUGGAGAUGAUGUAUUUAACAGAGGACGACAUAAUCCAAAAUGAAAAUGCACUGGGCAAAUACAACACAAACAUGAGUCUUUUUGAGUCCGAUUCAUUUGAAAAGCCUUUACUGGAGUCACCUUACUAUGUGAAUUUGAACCAAACUCUUUUUGUUCAAGUCAGUCUACACAGCUCCGACCCCAAUUUGGUGGUGUUUCUUGACACCUGCACCACCUCUCCCACACCUGACUUUGUAUCUCCAACCUACGACCUGAUCAAGAGUGGAUGUACUCAAGAUGAGACUUGUAAGGUGUAUCCCUUAUCUGGACACAAUGGAAGAUUCCAGUUUAGUGCCUUUAAGUUCUUGAGAAAUCUGGGCUCUGUGUAUCUGCGGUGCAGGGUCUUCAUCUGUGACAGUGGCGACCAGCAGUCUCGCUGCAACCAAGGCUGUGUCUCCAGAAGGAAAAGAGACAUUUCUUCCUACAAAUGGAAGUCCGAUUCCAUCAUAGGACCCAUUCGUGUGAAAAGGGAUCCAAGUGCAGGUGGAAGUUUCGAACCACAGUAUCGCAACCAGGCAGCCGAAGCUCAGGACCAGCCUGUCAAGCCCCUGUACCUGUUGUCAUUCACGGUGCUGGCUCUGAACGCCAUGAUUGUGGCUGCACUCACGGUGAGGCAUGUCAUGGCUCGGAGAACAGACCACAAGUACCAGAAACUGCAGGACUGCGAGCUGAGCGGUUCAGCCUCAAGCGAGACACGCUCCUCCUGGUUGCCAAAAACACAGUUGCUACCUCCUGGCUCACUUUGUGAUGAAUAA